UACAUGAAAGGUGAUGACAAAAUACUUUUUUGAUUAUAAAAACCUAAAAUUUUCCUGAGAAAAGAAUUAUCACACAAAUUAUAUAUAUCUAAAGUUGACAUGAACAGCAUCUAUACUACACAAAAAUUAUUUUCUACUUUUAAAAACUCACUAAAACUACUUUCUCCUCGCAAGAACGCUAUAUCGAUGCAUGCUUGCGACAAUAACGAGACAAAGUUGUGGCAUCCAUUUCGCUCAAUUUUCGAUCAAUGGAGAACAGUGAGGAACGAAUCCCAACGAAGUUGGAUAGAAGUUCGUGUACCGCGCGAUCAUCCAAACAGGAGCCGAACCAGGCCACUUCCACCUCUCAAUGCCCGAAUCAAUUUUGGAGUUCAUUGCAACCGCCCACUUCCGACUAUAACACGCAAGAUGGCGAUGAAUUUGCAAAGGAGGAAUCUAAUGAACAUCUCGAGACUUUGAAAUUCGUGUUUCCAAAGAAGGUCAAGGCUCGUGGAAGAAGAAAAGCGAACGCCAACAAGCGUAGAGUCACGUUCGCUGAUCAUUAAACUCGUUCGCAUGACGAGUAUUACGUUACAUUACAUUAAAAAUUGCAGUAAAUGCAAAUAUUGUAUUACACACAUUCAACCGACUCCCGAUCAGAUUUUUUUCUGCAUAAUAAGAUUUUUCGAUUUCAAAGGCGCGAGUACAGAUGAUGCGAUUUUAUUGUUAAAAAAUUCUGUAACCGAUAUAUUAACGAUACUCUCGAUCAUUGAACGAAAGAUAUUGUCACACACACAGUGUCCUUGUUUAUGACAAUAAUAAUAUUUUAUAUUAUUUAUAUUCGACUUGUCCAAUAAUGUCGUUUAGAAAAUGCGAUUUUCUCAAAUUUUUCGAUUUGCAAUAUUUUAUUAUCAAACGUUUAAAUAUUUACGUAGCCAAUCGACCGUCGAUUGUUGAAUGCAAUGUCAUUUCUAGAACAAUAUGUUGAAAACUUCAAAUCGUUUUUGACACUUAUAACAAAAUUCUCUGUAUUAUUCCAAACUUUCAAAAUUCUCAAUAUAUAUAGAUUGAAAUUUAAAUUAAUUUAAUUAAAUAUUACAUGAAUAAAAAAAAAUAUGAAUGGAUUCAGGAUAUGGGCAUUGCAUAAUCUAUCAUAUAUUCUGCCUACUAAAUCCUUGCAGUAUGAAACGCACGCGCCCACGAAUAAAUUUAAGCGUUGUCUUUCAAUUUUCCUCAACUCCUCUCGCAUGCAAGAGAAUGAUUGUGAGAGCAGAAGAAUUAAUUUAACAACAGUUUCCAAUAAUCUGAAACCUAUCUUCACAACAUGGAUGGAUUUAUCUGAAAUCACUAUGACAUCCUUCAGUUCUCGAUCACCCAUAUAUUUUUUGUCUUCGCCUCUCAAAGUGAAUACGGAAAUAACGCGUCCAAAGUCAUUGAAACCUCUCAUUAAGUAUGAAGAGUUAUUAGAUGGAAAUCCAGUAUCUAGAAACGAAUAUUACAAAAGGCUUUCAAACAUUCAGGCUAAUGAUUUUGAUUUUAUGUAUAACGACAAUACUGUAAUAGAAUCUGGUAAUGUCCACUGCGAUGACUGCCGUUCAGAAAUAAUGUUCACUUUUCAAGAACCCAAAAUUAAUCAUACAAUCGAGCAAGAGUCAACUGAUGAUUUAUUGAUUUGUACCACUGGGAAAAAUUUCGAUUCUUUAUCUUCCGCAAAGUUGGAAUUAGAAACACUAGAAAUCAAGCAGCAAGAGUCACGAGAUCAGUUCAAAUUACAGGAUAAUCAAUGUUCACGAAAAUAUGACUUGUCGCAAUCUCCAGAAGUUCGGAAUUACACGCAGAAAGAUCUUUCGAGCACAACGAAGCAACAGAUUCAGUUUUCGCACACUUCUCGAUGCGUUUUGCAAACGCCUACAAUCUCAUAUUUAUUUGAAAAUUUGAGAACAUCGUCUCGAUUUGGUAACUUGACCUACUCCAGAAGUUUGGGAAAUCAAGAAUUUCGAAAGACUUCGUUGUGUCUACCUUCUGUACCGUGUCGUGCUUUCUCCUCAAAAAGUUGGACCGUGAUUCAGCAAUCUAUUCGAGAGUUUGAAAACGUGAAGAAGGAUCAGAGUGCGAAUACAUCGAUUAUUCGUUUGAGAAACACGCGAUCGCAUCCAGAUCGUCUUUCUCUGAUGAGACUGCAAUCGUUUUCCUGCACUUCAAAGUCGAAAAAAUCCGCCGAUCCUUCCGACACGAGCAACCGCUGUCAGAAUGAAAGUAAAAAGUCUCAAGAUGACGUGGAUGAGAAACAACAAAAGAGAAAACCUAAGUACAUGUGUUCUGAACUGAACGAACGAAAUCCAUGCACUGGGAAGCAGAAGAAUCGAUGUACUAAGAAUCGUCGGAACAAGAAUAAAGCACGAGUCUCAUCAAAGGAUCGCGCACAGCAAUCGAGAGAUUCUACUUGUAGUAAUUCACAGAAACAAGAUCUUGACAGAUGUAAUAAAAGGCGGCAAUCAAAAUUAAAUACGCAACGUUACGAUUGCGAAAAACCUGAUGAACCACCUAAAACCUGUCAAGAUUCCUUGAAAAAAACGGAUGAUUUUGAAUCAAAUUGCAACAAGCGUGUAAAGUGCGACAUUAGUGAGAACGAAAAGUGCAACGAAAACGAUCGAAAGCGAUCUAACAGCAAUCGCAAAAGCAAAUCAUCUCGAACUAGUGAUAAAAACUAUAGCAAAGUAAACGGAAAACGAUAUUACUCAACAAACGAUAUUACGAAACAAUCAAUUUUCUCCGUCCCACGGAAUCGUAAAUCUUUCUCCAAUUCGAUUUCCGAUAUCAUUCUCGACAAAAAUGUAAGGAAAAGAUUUUAUGCUAGCUGCAGCAACAACAAAAAAGAUCAAAGACCUCCGUCUUAUGGAAAACCAAAAAUGAACAACAAAAAAGAGGAAAAUUGCGAGACUAAGAAAAAGUGCGCGAAAAGUACUGUUAAAUGUAUGUCGAGAAAAAAGGCUACUGAUAAGACGCAAAAUUGUCAGUCUAUGAUAAAAGAUAUCGGGAAAUUUUGCGAAUCCAGUAAAUCCCCCCACAAGGAAUUUUGUGACGACAGAAAAAAAGAACUUAAAAGUGACGAAAAGCUUCAAAAAGAACCAGCGAAAGCACCACCAUCUGUGAAAGAAAAGUCUAUGAAAGAAUUGAUGAAGGAACAGAUAGAUCGCGAAUUCAAAGAGAUAAAUGAAUGCAAGAAGAACCUCACAAAAGACAAAAAAUGCGAUAAAGUCAAAAUGAUUUCCUCAGAAAAGCCGACGAGCUUGGAUCGCAUAAUCAAUUCAUAUAAAAAACAGGAAAAGCAGAAUAUUGAAAAGAUUAUAAGCACACGUAACGAAUCAAUCAUUUCUAUGGACGCCGUGUUUAAGUGGUUCAACAUUCAAUCUAGGAUUAUUAAUGGCACGAUUCCAAUUAUUGCCAAGGAUGUCGGUCUGUUCAAUAUAAUGUUUGAUCGAUCGUUCUCUACUGCAAAACUGGAUUAUCAGGAUGAUUUUGCUAUCGGACGAACUAUAAACGAUGAUAAAAUAGAUCAGAACUAUUCUGCAAAUGGCGACGAUUUUGUUCAUGGUGAUGAAUUGCCGAAUUAUGUUGAAAUAGAAUAUGAGGAUUACGAAGAAGAUGACGAAGAUCACUAACCGACCGGUCUCCAAAAUCAAUCGAAUCUUAUGCAAAGGUCACAGUAAAUGUUAAUUUAAUAUAAGUAGUAAAAUAAAAUUGUAU